AUGCUCGCGUUCUACCACCUGUUGGCCCUGCGACCUGGCAACGCACGCAGCCUGUGUGCGUUGUGUACCCGUGAUGUGCUGUUCACCCGCAGCGCGGCAGCUGGAUCCUUGCGGUUCGGGCACAAGCCGGAGGGAGAGGCAGGCAGUCAUAGCACUGGCACCCGAGAUCAGCUGUCGACGCUGCUUGUUUUGCAUGCCCCAAGACCUCGGAGCUAUUCGUGGACCUCCCUCUACGUGAAAGUGGAUAGCCCGAUGCAGGACGCAGCCUGUGCUGAUCAAGGACAUCACCACGGAACAUGUCUCCUAGGCCACAUCGGCACAUCUCCACGACAGUCGCUGGCUUCGGUGUCGUCGGUGCAUUUCAAGUAUGCAAUGCGAUCAGUCAGCCUGCCAGCCAGCCUGCGUACUCUCCGCCAGGGAGCCGUCUAUAUCUCAACCAUGGACUACAGCGGCUUCAUCUUCGAGCCUGCUGACGAUAACUAUGUGUACAUGCCAUGCCUCUACACGCACCGAUGA